AACCCAUACCACCACCUGUACUUCUCGGAUGGUUUCGUAUACGCUCCACCUCCAUCGGUGUCCUUCGUGCCCGUUUCACCCCCUCGUCUUGUCAUGUUCGUGGCAAACGAGACUGGUGUCAAUGACAACCACAACGAGGGAGGACAACUUCGUGGAGAGAUUGGUGCCGGCAGACGCAGAAGCUCAAGCGCAUUUUGGUUCGAUGCCUACAGUGUCUACCUUGGUUGCGAGAACCACUCUGCCCAUCAAUGCGAGCUGCAGAUCACCGGCCUUGUUUACCACGAGAAGACCAGAUCUGAAGUUGAGGCAUUCCACCAGACGGUGUUCCUCGAUCCAUGCCUCUUGCCCGACGGUUGUGGUCUCACACAUGUCCAGUUCGACUCGUCCAUGAAGGGACUGAGUGGUAUCCGUAUUCAAGCCGUUGUUUUCUAUGAGCCUGUCUCUUGGUUUAUGGACAACCUGGCUCUCGGCUGGUCCAACGACACUUGCGCUGCUGGCUUGUUGAGAAUCGAAAGCCAGUAA